AUGGAGUGGGUCCGGGGAGAAAUUAUAGGCCAUGGAAGCUUUGCCACUAUAAGCAAAGCCACCACAACAUGCAGAAACUCUCGUUCUGAUCUUCCUACGUUGUUAGCCGUGAAAUCCUCCGAUGCUUGCCUUUCAUCUUCGCUCAAGAACGAGAAACACGUUCUCGAAAGCAUGGGAAGCUGCCAGCAGAUCAUCCGCUGUUUCGGAGACAAUUCCAGCGUCGAAAACGGCCAGGAGUUCUACAAUCUUCUGCUGGAGUUCGCCUCCGGAGGCUGUUUGUCCGACCAAAUCAAGAACCAUGGCGGUCGGUUGCCGGAAACCGAUGUUCGACGAUAUACGAAGGCUAUUGUCGGAGGGCUUUGUGCCGUUCACUCAAAAGGGUUUGUUCACUGUGACAUAAAGCCGCAGAAUAUUCUUGUGUUUGAAGAUGGAGCCGCCAAGAUAGCCGACUUUGGGCUGGCGAAAGAGAAGGGUUUGGUCAUGAAGAAAACGGAGCUGAGAGGGACUCCUCUGUACAUGUCGCCGGAGUCGGUGAAAGCGAAUGAGUACGAAGCGCCUUGCGAUAUUUGGGCCCUCGGAUGCGUCGUUGUCGAGAUGAUAACCGGAAAGCCGGUGUGGUCUCACCUGACGGAGCUGAACCUUUUCACGCUGUUGAAGAAGAUUGCCAGAGGAGAAGAAACACCACGGAUUCCGGAGGAGUUGUCAGAGGAAGGGAAAGAUUUUCUCCGCCAAUGUUUCAUCAAGGAUCCUACCAAGAGAUGGACGGCUGAGAUGCUUCUCAAGCAUGCUUUUGUUGGUGAUCAAGAUGAGGCCUUGUUGUCAACCUCGUCGUCCAAGCUAUACAAGCCGAGUACUCCGCCUUCUCCGAGAUGCCCUUUUGGAUUUCCGGUAUCGGAUUCGAAUAGUUGA